CGCUGCGCCGAAGCGCAGUUCCAGUUUUAUUUUUGUUUUGUUGUUGUUCCUGUUGUCCUUCACAUGUUUGAAAAGGGUUAUUUACAAUACGGCAAAAUUAAAAUCUUUACGUAGAUCAUGGAAAAUGAAAUAUCGUGUAAUGUUUGUGGUGGCAUCAGUUUUCAUAAAGACGCCGGUUUUUAUUAUUGUAAUGAAUGCUUAACGCAGUCACAGGAAGUAAGAGAGCAAGUGUUUGACGUUCAUGAGGAUGGGGAUGAAAAUUCGCCUCCCAUUAAGCAGAAAAUUACAAAACAGCGUCGUUCUCCAAAGAGUGUUGAUCGUUUAACUACUUGGGAAUGCUACAAUUAUAUUCUUCGAGGUCUCGUGGAAGAGCUAAUCGGAUUAGGUGCGGAUGUUAAUUUAAGAAAGACAGUACACAUUUUAUGGUUAAUGUAUUUAAAAGAACUUGAGGUGACUGGGGAUCUUCCUAAAGUUGGAGCUGUUCAUUCAAAAUUAGAUGCCGAACUUGUGUAUGGAAAACUGUCCAAACGGAAAAGGAAAACUUCAACACGCCGCUCUUCACCUGUUGACUCUUUUACAAAUGAGUCAUUGUCUCAAAGGACACACUCAAAGGAUCGACACUCUUAUCUUCUGGCACAAUAUAACGAGAUUAGCUCAACUUUACCUUCUGAUGAUCUAAAUCAAAGUUUAACUAGCUUGAGGAGUCCAUCUGCCGCAUCUUCUGAUUCUGAAACACGUUUACAAUACAGCAAACUUGCCAAGAAAGAAUUGCUAAAGACGAUGAAAGCAGGUCAUUUAAAACGUCACAUAAACGACACCAACAACGAGCAUACUUGCCAUAAGGGCACAUAUAAGAAUUUUACACGUUCGUACGUGGAAGGUCCAGCGGUACUAUCGCGGAUCAAAAUCUACGCACUACUAAACUUGGCGUUGUUAAUCAAUAAGGACAACAUCCAGUUGGGUGAUCUAAUACGAUUUAUAAGAGAAGGGCAUUUGAGUUUCCAUUACAUCAACCAUUUUUAUCCUGAGGGUUACGAUAAUGUGCAAUUCAAUCUAAAAACAUGGAAUGAUGGGAAAGCAUAUCCCUCCCAUAGCUGGAUGAGAUCUAUUACUGCAAAGUUGGCGCAUUUUUUAAAUGUUUCAGCUAAUAUUCCUAUGCAGAAUUUACCUCAACUUUGUCACAGAUAUUGCCACGAACUCAAUUUACCAGAUGAAGUGUGGGGCUACUGUGUCAAUCUACUAUCACAUAUAACUCCUAUAAUGGCCUUCACGAAGAACUGUAAAAUAAUUCCAAAUUAUGAAGGCAGAGUGAUGUCUGUAAUUAUUUUCGUUCUGAAACUAAUAUUUGGUUUAGACAAUGAAACUGAGCGCUUUUUUUCCAAACGUGCUGAGGAAAUCAAUAAAAGAGAUUGCAAAUCGGUAGAGAAACUGAUGUUUGUGUGGGAUGACUGGUUAUUUCACAUUCUGUACCGGAAGCUGCUCCUAGCACAGUACCAUUUUCCAACACAGUACUUAUAUGAUGACGAAAAUGUUGAAAACACGGGUGUGUUUCUCAAUUUUAUAAAUGCUCAAAAUUCAAAGUUUGAAGAGGAAACGAAACUCAAUCGUGAGAGUGAAGUUAUACAGCAAUUGUUGGCAAAAUUGAAAGAUAAGCAGUAUGAACUACCUACAUCUUUAACUUUCAAUCCGUCAUUGACACCUUUUCGUAGAUAUACAGAAGUGCUUGCCAAUUGUGAUAUGAUUGACAAGCAAAGUUGUUUAGUAGACGUUUUAAAGUUAAAUUUCACCAACACCUCCAUUAAAUUUUGUUUGAAUCCAUUUAAGUAUUUACUGGAAUUAUAUCCAAAUAGUAAGAUUGGGUUGAAACAUAGAGGGGUUCAGAACAAUAUUCAGCUAAUAAGUUACAAAAGCUUAAAAACCGAAAGAGAGCUCUGGAGGAAGGAGGUCAAGAAAGAAGCCUUUAUACAACUUACAAAUGCGAGAACUACAGAAUCACUCAGUGGGAAUUUGUCUAAUGUUGUUAAACUUGAUGACGUUGUACUUGUCAAGGACAGUAAGUCAAUUUUAAGGAAUUUUGAGGAGCGUCAUAAGAACUCGUACCUGAAGCACAUGAAACGGUUAUUAAAUAUUUGUAAGAGCGAGAACGUAGAAAACUGUCGGCUGCCAUUGCAAAGCGGUUCUCCCGUACAAUUGACCACAGUCUUGCAUUAUAAUCCCUAUGAAAGCUAUCUAUUGCACAGCUACAAUGUUAGUAGUAUGUCUUAUACUGAGUGUAGGAAUUUCAUAAAAAAAUUCCCAAUAUCGUUUCAAACUCUUAUGAGCGAAUGUGCCAGAAUAACUGAGCAAGAUGAGAAAGACCUAUUCGAUGAAUUUCAUUUGACGGAAAUUUAUCUUAGUUACGUCGCAAAAUGGACCCAAGCUGACCAAAAUCGUGAACGAAUCGUUAAUAAAAAUCUUCAGAACUUUAUUGCCGAGGCUAAACAAAUUUGGUGAAAAGAUUCUUUAUUAAAAAAAUAAGUGAGUUAUUUACUACAAUGACGUUGUUGGGCUUACAAUUUUGAUAUGGGGGUUACAAACUUUAAAUAUCACAUGAAAAAACUUCAAUCCACAAGACUUGAGUCGACGGAAAUGAAAAAUAUAUCUAGGUACUUUUUUGAUGCUAGUGGGCUACAUAUUUAAUUUAUUUGUGUCAAUGUUAAUAAUACAGUUUCCAUUAGGUACCUUUA